AAAGACUACACCAUCACCGGACGAAACCGAUUCUAGACGAUGAUGUCGGUCGAACCUGCCUUCCGAAGUCAGUUCCGAAAAGGUCGGAGUCGGAUCGGAUUCGACUCUGGAUUUUUUUUUCUCCAACUUUACCCAUCACUAGUGUGAAGGGCCGAAACGGCGCUAAUUUUGACAGCUCCUUCGAUCAUCAUCACAGCGUUGUUUACCAACAAUAUUCCGCACAUCAGCAGCAACAGCAGGAUGGCGAGCGACGAUGCUCCCUUGCAAGAUUCCGUUUCUUGCAACACAGAACAAAAAGAAGCCGAACAAGAAGCCCCGCAAAGUUUGUUGCAUAUUUGCCGAUUUUGUCUGUCCCGCGAUGAGGAAGAUUUGAUUCCCCUAGAGAACGUACUACUACUAACGCUUACGAUCGAGGACAUUCUGCUGUUUACAGGCAUCCAGAUAGAGGAGGAGGACUAUGGAGAAAUCGCCUUGUGCGUGAAAUGUACGAACAAGAUACAGAUCUGUUCCUACUUCCGGCACUGCUGCCUAACCAACGAUACCACCUUUCGCGAGCUGUGCGCGGACCUGAUCGCCAAAGUAAAGGCGGCACGCAUCGAAGCGAAGGAAGCGGCGGCCGCCGCAGAACAGGCCUUGCGGGAGGCUGAGGAAGCCGCACUGGAAGUAGAGGCCGCCAACCAGCACUGCGACACGAUCGAGCUUAGCAGUGACGAUGAGUUUAACUACUCGGCCAACUACAUCAAACCCGGCGAAGUGUUACACAUUGAGGAGCCGAUGUACAGACCGUCCGAUUGGGACAUGAGCUUAAAUCCGACGCCCCCAGCCGUUCAGUGCCAUCCGCGCGAAAAGGGCAAGCGCAAACUGCAUCUGUGCGAUCUGUGCGGGCUGAAGGUUGGCCACAUUCCUACCCACUACCUGGACCACAGCACGGUGGCAACGGUUGGCUGUCCGUACUGUCCGGUGAAAAUGAAGGCCCAGAAAAGUAUCAACGAACACAUCCACACGGUGCACUUUAAGCUCGUCUCGAAAACGUGCGAAAUCUGCGGCAAAGGCUUCGUCCACCAUAAAACGUACAGAUACCAUAUGAUUACACACCAAGACGAGGGAAAUACGUUCGAAUGCAAAGACUGCUCGAAAACAUUCACCAACUCAAUCUACCUGCGGGACCACAUUAAGAGGGUGCAUAAUGCGGCGAAAAAAGUUAAACCCAAGGACUCGGAAGAAACCGUGAAAAAAAAAAGAAUCCGAUCACGCAAUUCUGAAGAUAACCGCAUCUACCCCGACUCGGACUGAGGGCCUAAAUCUGCUUACAAGCCACCAUCGGCAGACGAAUGAGCCACCAAUGUUAAUGUAUUUUUAACUUCCAGUAUACUAAAACGCUUUCUAACUAUA